AUGCAGCGACUUCCCGACGAAUUCGUCAGGAUGCAUGGGCAUGCCUUACCGUUCGACUGUAGGCUCGUGUGGCCGAAUGGAAUCCGCUACAGAGUGCGCAUUGUAAAGCUUGGCCAUGGGUUCUUCUUCACAUCCGGAUGGAGAGAUUUCGUUCGUGCAACUGGCGUUGGACAAGGCGAUCAUCUGACCUUCACAUUGGUGGAUGCGGGAGUCUUCGAUGUUAAACGGUAUGCGAGUGAAACGCAAUGUCACCCGCCUGAAGAUGUUGACGAUACUUACAUACACACACUCAUAUUGUUUGUAGUCGUUGAAGACGACGCUCUGGAAGGUAGCCAUGGCCCAGACAUCGAUACGUCUGAAGAGUACGUGCCAUCAGGCACUGAAUCUGAAACAACAAUGGAGGAGGAAUACGUGGACAACAGUCGGGCGCUCACAAUCGACGGCGUCCCUUCUUUCGAAAUUAUGCUCAACUCGGAGAACAUCAAUCGUAGGCUAGAAAUCCCGUAUGGCUUUUGGCAACGCCAUAUCCCCAUUGGGGCAAUACAAGGGGGACUGUAUCUGGUGACCGAAAGGGGGAUAUGGCCAUGUACUCUCAAAAACAACUCCUCGAAGAUAUGGGUGAAGAAUGGGUGGAAUCGUUUCAAAUACGAGCACAAUGUUGUUGUGGGGGUUCGUUGCCAAUUCAAGCUUGUUGAUGCCUUCGAAGUCCAGUUUCGCGUGUCGUUUGAUCGUCCCUAA